UUUAAUAACGUAAGUACUUAAUUACUAAAAUUGGUCCAUUGAAAAAAGUAUGUAUAGCUAUAUCCGUAAAAGUCGUAUUUUAUAGACGAAUGUAAGAGGUUUAGAUGUUGAAUUAGUAUUUAUUUUUUGUGGGUACGUGGUGAUGAGAAGUGAGCAUGUUGCUGAAUAACGUUUUUUUUUUACUUUUGGUUGCGAAGAUUGCAGACGUUUGUUCAACCAGUAUCAUAGCUAACAAGAGAGCAUAUGUGGAUCCAAAGUACUACAACUUCGUUGCUAAGAAAAUCUUCCAGGAUACCGAUUUGUUGUUGAAGUUCAUCAAUGGUGCCAAGUGUCCGGAUUGUGAAAAUCCAAAUCAUUACAAAUCCAUAACGCACGUCGGUGAAGUUCAAAAUCCUGAUACAAGAAGCUGGGAAGAAAUUGCAUUCGAUGUUGCGUGUCUGAGUAACACCGGGAAUAAAACAAUUGUGGAGAUUCGAGUUGUGAAAGAAAAGUACUCUUGUUUCGGCGAGAGAUCUCAAUACUACGUAUCAAGAUUAAUCCACGAUCAGUUGUCGUCGUUAAACAAACGAGUCCUUCAUACCGAUCAAGAAUACGCACUACUGAAACCAGUGCAUUUCAUCGCGAUUCUGGAUUUCUCACUUUUUCCGGGCGACGAAUUCAUUUCGAAUCAUUUAAUGUUGGAUAAAAAAACGCACGCUAACCAUCUAAACCUUUCAACGUACACCUUCAUCGAACUGCCAAAAUUGAAGAAAGCGGGCUACGAUGUCGAAAAAUACGAAACAUUCAUUGCAAAGAUGUCUUACCUGUUUUGGUUCCAACGUUCGGAAAAAAAAUAUACCGAUUGUUUAGUAGAGUUAUUCAAACGUGAUCCCGAUAUCCAAAGAGCCGCGAACUACGCGAACCCUGCACAUUGGAAUUCAGAGGAAGAAGCCGAAUACCGAGCGAUACAGGACACUGAUGAUCUGUUUGAGGAUGUGAUGAAUACAUGUCAUUUAGAAGCUCUUGAACAAGGUCAUGUAAAAGGUUAUGACCAAACUUUUAAAAGCGGUUGUAUAAAAGGUGAUGAAAAAGGUUCUAAACAAAUAGCUGAAAAGUUGAUCAAGAUUAAGAAACUGUCAGAUGCAGAGAUCGCCGAGUGCACAUCAAUGAAGGAACCCGAAAUCGAGGCUAUGAGAAAACAAUGGGAAGCUAAGAAAACUUAUGGCAGUUUUUGAAAAAAAAGAAGGUUUUUUUGUCAGUUUUGUAAAAAGCAAAAUGUAUUUAAUAAUUCUGAAAAACUGAAAGACUUUUUGAAAAUCAUUUUCAUUCGUCGUUAUAUGCCAUCAAAUCGUAUUAUGUAUUCUCCAUAUUUAUUUACUUUUUCAUUUUUUUCAAAUUCUUUCAUUUUUAAACGUUUUUAUGGCAAUUUUUUUACCUAUAUUUUUGUGGGGGGACCGCGUCUCCCUGCGCUCCUCCACAAAAAAAAACCUGAUAGUAUGACAAUGACAUUUUCUUCCAAUAAUCGCAAAACCACGACUCAAUUCAAGAAGCAACAUUCUCGCGAAAUUCCAUAAAAAGAAUUGUAACGGAAAACGUAUUCAAAUCAAAGAUCAAGAGUGGGAGGGGGCGCUUAUAAUCCAAAAUUCAAGAAUAGAAGACAUUAAAAACCCUGAAAAAAAUUCACAAACGUUUCAAAAAAAUAAAUAAAUAAAUAAAAGAAAAUGGAAAGGAAAAAAAUGCAAUAAAACUAUUGAAAUUGACGAAUAAAAUCACCAAAACAGGCAGCAGAGGAAAGAUCAAGAUCUGGUGAGAAAAAAAUUAGCCAAAGAAUAAUGUUGAAAAACAUCAAAAUCCCUUAAGAAUAAAAUCCAGAAGCAAAAUUCAAAAAUGAAAAAUGAAGAAAAAAAUCUCCGAAAAUUAGAGAAAUUCUGCUAAAAUCUAAACAGAUGAAAAAAAUUACGAGGAUUUCAGAAUAAAAAUUCGAUCAACUCCUCAGAAAAAAUUAGAAUAAAAUGCACAAAAAUUCAAGAAGAAACAUCGUAAAAAAUGGGGGGAAAUCUCACGCAAAUUCACGAUAAAAUUGCGAAAAACUUCAAAAAAAUUUAGGCACAAAAGAAAACAUGAAAAUUCGGGGGGAAAUCGUGGAAAAAUUGAGAAAAAUAGAAUCUAUGAGAAUUCAAAAGGAUGAAACGAGAAAAGAAUCAAAAAAGCCCCCAAAAAAAUCGAAAUAAAACAACAGAGUCUCGAAGUCCAAAAAGAAAAAAAAAACUCAAAAAUUCAAAACAAAUAAUCUGUCAAGAGAGGAAUUUUACCAAAAAUUCAGCAGAAAAAUUACUAAAAUUUGAGGAAAAAUUAAGAGAAGCUAAAAUAAAUAUUACGAAAAUUCAAGAAAAAAUGUUUCGCCCAAAUUAAGAAACAAAAUUUAAGGCAGAAAAACGAAUCAGUAAAAUUCAAAACAAAAUCAUCGAAAUGAUGAACAUGGAUAACUCUCGAAAAUUCAGAACACAAAACUCACGAGAAUAGAAUGUAUAAAUUUGGAAAAAAGAAUCAAAACAUUUUCGUGAAAAAUAAUUGAAAAAUUUCAACGAAACUUACGACAAUUCAUGGAUGAAAAAUAAUUUAAAUUUUGAAAAAAAAAUGUUCAAAGAGAGAAAAAAUUCAAAGGACAUCUUUAGUAGAAUGAUGAAAAAAAAUUAAAAACGACCAAAAAUUGUCGAAAUAAUGUAGAAAUUUUGCAAGAAAUAAAUACAACGUGUAUUGAAAAUUAACUGAAAUUGAUCAAAUAGGUGUCCAUUUAAUAAAAUCGAAAAUUUGGAAAGAUAUUACUGAAAAAUCACGAGAAUAUAAAAACGACCAAUAACACGAUCGAAAUGAUGAAUAACUUUUUUUUUUAAUUUCAGGAACAUUCUUUAAUAGAAUGAUCUCAAACGAAGAGAAAUAUCAUUCAAAAAUAUGAAAGUAUCCGUAAAAUUGCACAAAAAAAUUACUAAAAGCUGUAACUUGAUGAUAAGUUAAUUUUAAAAAGAUUACGAGAAAAUUCAAAAUUGACUAAAAUUGAUCAAAUAAGUACACUACCUACUUGUAAUUUCAAAAUCGAAGCUUGAAACAAGUUAUGUAAAAUAAAAAUCACGUGAAUACAAAAAUAACUAAGAGCUGAGCGAAAUUUUACCCAAAUCUUUGUUUUUAAUCUCAAAAAUAUUCUUUAAAAAAAUCAUCGGAGAUUAAAAUUGCGUAAAAUGAUACUUUGAAGUACAAAAAUGAAAUUGUCAAAAAAAACAAUUAAGUAUUAAAAACCAUAAUUCAAUGAGGAUAAUAUUUCAGUGAAAUUAGGAAAAAUUGCAAAAAACUUUUUAAAAAAUUGUCCAAGCUAUUGUAAAUCUAAGAUUAUGAAUACCUACAUAAAAGCCUCGUAAAUUUUUGCAAAAAAAAACCACAAUGAAAAAAAAUGUUAAACAUAAUAUAACUCGUACUAGUACAAAAUGAAAUUAGCGAAUUGUUGAAAUUAAAUGAUCGUCUUAAAAAGUUGUACGUAUAGAACUGGUUAGAAAAAAAAUUCCAUUUGAAAUAACUCACCAGCAAUUGGGAAACUGAUUCCAUCUUCGACAACUACGUUGUAAAAUCCGUUGACGAGCAUCUUUUACAAAUCUAUUCAUUUUUUCAUCUCCUUUGCAAUUAUUGCCAGUAUUUUUUCUUGUCGCAUGUUCUGUAAAGACAAACACCAGAUAAGUUUUUCAUCUUCAAAUAAAACGAAAGAUCACAGAUGGAAACAUACAAAAAUUGUAGGUAUACAAGUACAGAACAGCAAAGAGAUGAAAAACACCUCGUCUUCAAGUUACUAUCAAUUGAAUAACUUAUUGAAAUAUGUAACUUACCAGAGGAAAACUGCUUCCAUCUUCGACAAUUACUUUGUGAAAUCCUUCAAUGCGAGCAUCAUUCAGGUACGUUCAUUUUUUCGUUGCAUUCAAUUAUAGAAGACCACAUUCUCUCCAUCUUGGCAAAGUAUGUCCGCCAUACUUUACCCCUUCACGCAUCAUCACGAACAAGAAUACCCCACCCAAAGGACUGAGAAUGGGUUGAGGGAAGAGGAUUUCUCAAGGAACCCGCGCCAGUAUCGAUACCGGGUACGUCCAGGAGAACCUGCGCUACGUCUUCCCCCGAGCGUAGCGAUCUUUA